UUUAAUCGUAUACUGUCCGUUGAUAGCGAUUGAUUACACCCAUGCAUAUAUUUACCUGACGGCGUAACUGUUGGUUAAAGUGGUACCUCGCUUCAUUUAUUUAACUGUUAUAUGUGUUUUUUUGUGUGGAAUUGCGCAUAUUUAAAGCUUUCCGUCUGAUUCGGAUAGCGACAGCAGCAUUGAACGGGUGCUGGGUAAAGACUACUCAUUCCUACGGCACACAAUAGCAAAGGACAUUGUGAAAACCUCCCCGCCUCCAAAGGCAAUUGUGCCGGACUCUGGCAAGAAAGAUAUACAAGUAUCAACAGCAUCGGCAUCUACUUCUGUUGUUCCCGAGGUCGUUCCAGACUCGGUGGACAUAGAAAAGACAAUUGAAAUGCCAAAAAUAGCUAAUGCGCGAUAUGGUAAAUUAUCCUUAGAAGAACUGAGCAGUAUCGCAGAUCGUGUAAAAAUUUUCAGCGAGGUGGGUGUUGUCGUGCCUGAGAAAACUGUACCAUGCAAGAAUAAAUCGAAACCCAACAACAGAAAAACGCAGAAGAUACAGCCUGCUGCGAAAAAGCGGAAAAACACCUAUGGAAAAGGAAAAGUCGGUACAACGUGUACCUCUUACGGUGUGAAACGAUGCUUGUGUUGUAAUUUUGACAAUGAUAACAUUUCGCGUAAGAGAGAAUUAGAUCUGGCCCGAGUUCGUGCUAUGACUGAAGCGUCAUUUCCAUUUUUGAUGAACGCAGGUGUUGGUCACCAAUCACCAUUGCGAGAAAUUCCCCGUAAUGACUUAACCACCUCAACUCCUUUAAGCAGACCGGUAAAAGCGAAAACGCAGGAGACGCACGUUGGCAAUAAUUCUCUUGACAUUAGUGACAUCAGUGUCGCUACUCCGGGUACAAAUGAAACACAUACGCAAAGUGAACAGAAUAUAAUGGAGUACGUAAAUCAUCUGCUUGGAGAGACGGGCAAUUCAAUUGUUGCCGAAGUUGAGGAACGCUAUCAGAGGCUACAAGAAAACAGGCUCGCCGCUUCGGAUGCGUUGUCAAAUGCGAUUACCGUAGAUCACGACGAAGAAAUGGAUUUUGAUCAUUCUGUAAUUUUAGUAGGGGAAAGUUCACCAGAACCUAUUCCAAUAGAUGAUUCUGUUGUUGAAGUAAACGAUGCCGUCGAUAAUAAGUCUACUCAAAAUCGACAAACUAUUGAUUUGACGGAUCAGCCUAGUGAGAACAACAUUUCAACUGUAAAUAAGGACGGGAAGAGCAUACAACGAAAUGCGCGUGAGUGCCCCAUCUGUGUUGAGGAACUGGCAAACAAAGAUAUUAGUGCGACCACAUGUGGGCAUGUAUUCUGCACGAGUUGUAUUCGAGAGGCUGUUAAAAUAUCAAAAUUAUGCCCGAUCUGUCGCACAAAAUUAACGCAAAGUAAAAUCCAUCGGUUGUAUUGUUUGUUAUAAUUUUUAAUCUGUAUCAAAAUUAAUUGUUAUUAUACUUCAAUAUUACAACUGA